AUGGACUCGGAGCAACACAUGCUCCCAGUUUCCUGGAACCGAACUCCGGGGGGACUUGAUAUCGACAGCGGUCCGAGUCCUAUUUGUAGUGAAAACCUCACAAGCUAUUGCCUAGGCCUUGUAGAAACCGGUUUCUCGCGUUUACCGAAGGAAGAUUCUGUCAAUCGCGAGCUUCUCCCUCAUCAAGGAUCUACUCAAAGCCACAUUCGUCUUUUAAAUAUCAGACAAAAAGUGAUGGAAAAGUUAGCUCAGGACACGCGCAUUCAGGAUGCAGCUACUCCGGCUCUGCUUCACCCCGAUGUUAACAAGAGGAACAUCUACGUCUCGACGGAGGAACCAAGCAUCAUUACAGGCUUGCUUGAUUGGCGAUCAGCAAGCAUUGAGCCUACAUUUAUUUACGCCAACGAGACUCCUGAUUUUGAACAAGGGCGAAAAGAUGCAUCGAUCUGCUACCAGACAUACGAUGUGUGCAUGAAUGGCCUUGUUCCCAAACUACGGCCCGCAAGGUUACUCGAUCCGACUUUGUUUCGACUCUUCCACCAUUGCCAUACGACGUGGAGAGACACCCGCUGGACAGAACUGGGACUGCAGGGCUCGUACCCAUAUUCACCAACUGAAGAAAAGCUGAAGGAAGACUCAAAACUAUGGCUUAGAAGCCCUCUCCAGACGAAUUCUGAUGGGUGGGUUCCGAAUGAUGUAUGGAACGCUGCGAAAGACGCUCAUCGCUCUCGUGGUGAGGAUCGCACAGUAGUAAAAGCGGACAAGUUGUGGCCAUUUGAUGCUAGAUAA